AUGACUUCGCAGUUACAAGGUCCCCGUCGCCCCUUCACCGCGGCUCGUCUCGAUGCGGAGCUGAAGCUCGCCGGCGAGUACGGUCUGCGCAACAAGCGCGAGAUCUGGCGCAUUGGUCUCGUCCUCUCCAAGAUUCGUCGUGCUGCUCGUGAGCUGCUCAAGCUCGACGACAAAGACCCGAAGCGUCUGUUCGAGGGUAACGCCUUGAUCCGUCGUCUGGUCCGCAUUGGUGUACUCGACGAGUCGCGUAUGCGUCUCGAUUACGUACUGUCCCUCAAGAUCGAGGACUUCUUGGAGCGUCGUCUCCAGACUCAGGUCUUCAAGAGCGGCCUUGCCAAGUCCAUCCACCACGCUCGUGUCCUCAUUCGCCAGAGACAUAUCCGCGUUGGCAAGCAGAUUGUCAACGUUCCUUCCUUCGUCGUUCGUCUCGACUCCCAAAAGCACAUCGACUUCGCGCUCACCUCGCCCUACGGUGGAGGCCGCCCCGGUCGCGUCAAGCGCAAGCGGAUGGCCGCAGCCGCCAAGAAGGAGGAGGGUGGCGAGGAGGAGGACGAGGAGUAG